UUUCCUUUCUUGAACACAAACCCAGUGUAUAUAUAUAUUUUAUCUUUUAUCUCUACCAUUUAAGUGGUGUGACUUUUAGUCUUAGCUCAUACCUAACAGGCUAACUCGGUUCAAGUACCUGACCAGCCACCUGCAUUUCCACAAGAAGGAUGGCGAGGGAGAAGAUCAAGAUCAAGAAGAUUGAUAACGUGACGGCAAGGCAGGUUACUUUUUCCAAGAGAAGAAGAGGACUUAUUAAGAAAGCUGAAGAGCUUUCUGUUCUCUGUGAUGCCGAGGUUGCUCUCGUCAUUUUCUCUGCAACAGGAAAGCUCUUUGAGUUUUCCAGCUCAAGUAUGAAGGAAAUACUUGAAAGGUAUCAUCUGCACUCUAAUAGCCAUGAAAAAAUGGACCAGCCUUCUCUUGAACUGCAGCUGGAGAAUGGUAACCACGUUAGAUUGAGUAAGGAAGUGGCAGAUAAGACCAACCAACUAAGGCAGAUGAGAGGAGAGGAUCUCCAAGGAUUAAAUUUAGAUGACUUAGUGAAAUUAGAAAAAGUUCUUGAAGCCGGAAUUAGCCGUGUGCUUGAGUCUAAGGAAGAGAAGAUUAUGAAUGAGAUUAGUGCACUUGAAAAAAAGGGAUCUCAGUUGUUGGAAGAGAACAAGCAACUAAAACAGAAGAUGAUGAUGUUGUCCAAGGGAAAAAGAUCCAGUCUUGUGGACUCGGACAUCAUGAUCCAAGAAGAAGGCAUGUCAUCGGAUCAGUCUGUCACCAAUGUCUAUAGCUGCAACAGCGGUCCUCCUCCAGAGGAUGAUAGUUCUGAUACAUCUCUUAGAUUAGGGCUUCCCUUCUCUAAUUGAAGCUGGUGAAAAAUGGAGCAGACCUGAUGAUGAAUAAGGCUGAGAACUGGUCAUAUUAAAAUGUUUUUAUGUAACUAAGUUUAGUUAAAAUGGAAGAAGUGACGAUGGAACUUGUCUCUCCCUUGUGGCUGAUGUGGUUGUUUUUUGUAUUUUAUGCAUAUGGAUUAACUACUUCAUCGGGCAGUUUGCAGUCAGAACUCCUGGUUGGUAGUGUUAAAUUAAAUAAUGACUUUAGGGGAUAUUGAAGGAAUCCAUUGUUGCUUUUUCAUUAUGUA